AUUGGAACAUACUGUGCAAAGAGAAAAAUUAAGAAAAAUCCCAUUUAAGAGGGGAAAAAAGUUAAAGAAAAUAUUAACCACAGACACACACACCCCCCUCCGGGGGUCCAAUAGUGGCACGGGUUAACCUUGCCUUGUACCUUGACUCGUGCAGCGAUUCGUCAGUGUUCCAGCAAACAUCAUGGACAUUACAAGGAUUAAUUCUCUGUCCUACGAGGAUUUCGUGCACGUCCUUGGCAAUGUGGUGGAAAACUGUCCCGUUAUAACUGCUGCCGUGUGGUCCAUGCGUCCCUUCGCCAGCCUGGCUGCCUUGGAGGCUGCCGUCACUGAUUUUAUCGAGGCCCUUCCUGAACAAGGGAAAGAGGGCAUCCUGCGGUGUCACCCUGACCUCGCUGGCAGGGACCUCCGCAACGGCACCUUGACCCGCGAGUCGCUGGAGGAGCAGGCCGGGGCCGGACUGGACGCGCUGGACGCGGCGGAGCUCUCGCACAUGGCCCGCCUCAACGGGGAGUACAAGGAGCGCUUCGGCUUCCCGUUCGUCAUUUGCGCCAGGAUGAACGACAAGGAGGCCAUUCUGCGCCAGCUGUCACGCCGCCUCGCGCACGGCUGCGCGGAGGAGAGGGCGUCGGCCAUAGAGGAGGUGAAGAAGAUCUGCCGCCUGCGCCUCCGCAGCCUUGUGCUCCCCGACCCGCCCAACAGGUUAUGAGCCUGUGGAGCGGACGUCGCGUUCCACCAUUUCCGUUCAUUUGCCAGAUUCAUUAAAGAUCUAACGAGCAAUAGUAACCUGCUCGUGGUGUGUUAAUUAAAGAAACCACGCGCGGCUGGCGGCUGGCCAGUGCGGGGCGCUGGGGAGCCGCCCCCUUCAGACGUCAAGAGACGAAAAUCUACUUAAACAUACAUCCAUCCAUUGUCUUAACAGCUUAUCCUGCUCUCAGGGUAGCGGGGAUGCUGGAGCCUCCAGCAGUCAUCGGGCGGCAGGCGGGGAGACACCCUGGACGGGCCGCCGGGCCAUCACGGGGACAGACGCACGCACGCACGCGCACAUUCAUUCCUAGGGGCAAUUUAGUACGGCCAAUUCACCUGACCUACAUGUCUUUGGACUGUGGGAGGAAACCGGAACUGAAACCCACACAGACACGUGGAGAACAUGCAAACUCCACACAGAGGACGACCCGGGACGGCCCAUCAAGGUUGGACUACCCCGGGGCUCAAACCCAGGACCUUCUUGCUGUGAGGCAGCCGCGCUAGCACUGCGCCACCGUGCCGCCCCUACUUAAACAUGUUAAAUAUAAUCGUAUUAUGCAAAUAAUUAUGAAAUAAACGUGUGUUUCAGUCUGUGAGCGCCUGUCAGCAGCAUUAAAUAUUGGUUCCAAAUGGUCUUUGGUUGAUU